UUUUUCUAAAUUAAUUAGUAUUUAAAUUCUAUUAAAGUUACUUAAUUUAUUACCAAAAUGUCUCAAGUAGUAACGUGUUUAAAGGAUAUAGCGACACCAAAAGGAGCUUAUUUAAGUGCCCAGUAUAAAAAGAGUUUUGCUUAUCACACGUUACAAGAAAGGGCUCCUAUUAUUUUAACAAAUUUUUUAGAUCAUUUGGUUAUAGACCGGUGUGAAAUUAUCGAGCAAUAUGAAGGAGAUUCUGCAGAAGAAAUUAAACAAAUCAUAGGACACAUUUCAAAACUCAAAAACGAAUUGCAAACUAACAAAAAACUACAACCGAUUAAAGGACAUGGUUCCGAUGUAAAAACAUGGAACAACUUCCUAGAAUCCUUCACCGAGUCCCAAGACUUCUACACAACGGUGUUCCUGUAUGCAGAAUGUUACCUUUACCGAAGAAUACAAGAAGCAUUCGAUUUAACAUGUAGCUUACGCGAUUAUGACAUCUUUCGAAAGAAAAAAGAUGAUUCGUUAGUAAAAGCACACUAUCCUAUUAUAGUUGUUUCCAAGUACAUGAAUGAGAUUCAGGGUAAAACUAGCAUUGGGGAGGAUGAGCUGAGGAAUGAGUUUUUCAAGUUGCUGAGGUUGAGUGUAUGGGGCAACCGUUGCGACUUAUCAAUAUCAGCAGGUGCUGAUAAUUCCCAAACUACAGAUCCAUUAGCAUCCCUUAUGGAUCUAACCGACAAAGUAAUCGUUGACGAUUCCUUGAUGAUAUGGAAUUAUUUAAAUUGUGUCAGGAAAAAUAAUGAUGACAAUUGUGGCCAAACCAUCAUCGAUAUAAUUUUAGACAAUUCCGGUUACGAGUUUUUCACAGACCUCUGCUUCGCUGAUUUUUUGCUGGACAGAAAAUUCGCCCACAAAAUCAGAUUUUAUGUAAAAGCAAUACCCUGGUAUAUAUCAGAUGUGACAAGUAGGGACUACCGUUUUGUGAUAGAUUCACUUUUAUCCGAUUGCGAUCCUAAUGUUAGUUGUCUGGGUAAACGUUUGACGACUUAUGUGGAUUCCAAAAGAUUCGAAAUGGUCGUUGAUGAAUUCUGGACGAGCCCUUAUGAGUUUUCGAAGAUGCAAGGAUUGAAUAAAGCUUUGUAUGAUAAAUUGAGCCAGGCUGCUAUCGCUAUUUUCAAAGGCGAUUUGAACCAUAGGAAAUUGUUGGCUGAUAAAAAUCGGCCUGUUGAUACUGAUUUUAAGACAGCUUUGGAAGGUUUUCUUCCAACUGCCGUUUGUACUUUAAGGACCAUAAAGUGUGAUGUGAUGUGCGGAAUUGAACAGACGAAAUUCGAUGCAAUAACAUCGAAACACGAAGGAGAAGGUUGGAUGGGCACUGGUGAAUAUGCAGUUAUACAAUGUGCUAUGAAAUAAUUACAGCAUUAUUUUUUGGUAUAAUAUUUGUUAAAUGGAUUUUAAUGAAUG